AUGCCGAGAAGAAAUAGACCUGACAUUGGUCGUAGAAGUCAAAUAACACGCCAAAAACGUAAUUCGCGUAAUAACCGCACUGAUGGGCAGAUGGAGACUGAUAAUAAUGAUAGCCAGAUUGCAAUGACAGAUUUGCUUGAAAGCAAUGCUUCAGUCAACCUGGAGCGAGCAGCAUUCUCUUAUGAUCCGGAAAUAGAUUACAGUGCCCACAAAUUUGUAAAAAUUGGAGACAUGUCGAUCAUUUGUCAGCACUGUAAAGCCUUAAAAUACAAUGGUGAAUCUGCAGGACUAUGUUGUGCUGGCGGUAAGGUGAAGUUGCCACAAUUGGUACCACCACCUGAUCCAUUACACUCACUAAUUUUUGGAAUGACAAAUGACUCUAAACACUUCUUAUCCAACAUCCAGAAAUAUAAUAACUGCUUCCAAAUGACAUCUUUCGGAGCACCGCAUAUAGUACAGAACAAUUUCAUGCCGACGUUCAAGGUGCAAGGACAAAUUCAUCACCUAUUGGGGGCACUGCUGCCAUUACCAGAUGUAGAUCAUCAAUUCCUACAAAUUUAUUUCCUAGGCAAUCAGGACGCUGAAGUUAAUACGCGUUGUACUCAUAAUCCAUCAGUAAAGCGAUCCGUUGUCCAACAACUGCAAACGUUUCUUCAUCGCAACAAUUGUUUAGUAAAUUUAUUCAAAGUGGCACUUGAUCGAAUGCCAUCAGACAGCCAUAAUAUUGUAAUAAGAGCUGACAAAACACCUGCUGGUGAGCAUGCAGGAAGAUUUAAUUCACCUACAAUUGAUGAAGUGGCUAUAGUCGUUGUUGGAGAAUAUAUGCAAUCAAGAGAUAUUGUGCUUCACCGCCGAAACAAUGAAUUAAGGCGCGUGUCCGAAACUCAUAGGUCUUAUGAUGCUUUACAAUAUCCGUUAAUCUUCUGGCAGGGAGAAGAUGGGUAUCACUUUAGUGUCAAAAUGGUUAAUCCAAUAACAGGUGCUGAAACCAAUAAAAAAGUUAGCGCUAUGAAUUUUUAUUCAUACAGGCUGAUGAUCCGUGAUGGUGAAAUAAACCACAUUUUGAUGUGUCAACGACUUUUUCAACAGUUCGCUGUUGACAUGUACGUCAAAAUUGAGACUGAGCGAUUAACAUACAUACGCUUAAACCAACAGCACCUUCGAUCUGAAGAAUACAUCCAUCUUCGUGAUGCUAUUAUUGCCGAUGGUAAUGCAAACAAUGUGGGUAAAAUGACAAUUUUGCCGGCUACCUACAUUGGAAGCCCGCGCCACAUGCACGAUUACGCACAAGAUGCAAUGUAUGUCAUUGUUAGAAAUGUUAGAAAAUAUGGUCGCCCUGAUCUAUUCAUUACAUUCACAUGUAACCCGAAAUGGAUAGAAAUUAAGAAAGAAUUGAUACACGACCAAACACCAGGAGAUAGACAUGAUAUUACUGCCAGAGUUUUUAAACAAAAAUUGAAAUAUUUGUUGAAUUUCAUAAUAAAGCAUCAUGUAUAUGGCCAAGUACGUUGCUGGAUGUACUCAGUUGAGUGGCAAAAGCGUGGUCUUCCACAUGCGCACAUCUUAGUCUGGUUAAUUGACAAAAUGAGGCCAGAAGAUAUUGAUUCAGUCAUAUCAGCAGAGAUUCCUAAUAAAAAUGUUGAUCCAAAUUUGCAUGCAAUAAUUACUAAACAUAUAAUACAUGGACCUUGCGGAGUUUUCAACGAUAGCUCGACCUGUAUGAUUGACGGCAAGUGCUCUAAACGAUACCCGAGAAAUCUAACUGCUGAAACCAUUACUGGAAAUGACGGUUAUCCGCUGUAUCGAAGGCAAUCAGUUGCGGAUGGUGGGCAAUAUGUAGUUGUGAAGGCCAUGUUCGCUGUUGCUAAAACAAAUGAUGAAGUUUCUGAGUAUCAGAUGGGUCGCUACGUAAGUAGCAAUGAAGCAAUUUGGAGAAUUUUUUCUUUCCCAAUACAUGAAAGACACCCUUCUGAAGUCCAUUUGGCAGUCCAUUUAGAAAAUGGACAAAGAGUAUAUUUUAACCCUGUUAAUGCUGUUGAUAGAGCGGCGCAUCCACCUCCAGCAACAUUAACAAGUUUCUUUUCAAUUUGUCAAAGAGAUGAUUUCGCCCGUACUUUGAUGUAUGCUGAUAUGCCGCGCUAUUACACAUGGAACGCAUCAUCGAAGUCGUUUCAACGUCGUAAAAAAGGAACACCGGUUGAAGGAUAUCCAAAUAUAUUUGCUACAGAUGCUAUAGGGCGCAUUUAUACAGUACAUCCAAAUAAUGAUGAAUGUUACUACCUUAGGUUAUUGCUGGUUAAUGUUCCUGGACCGACAUCAUUUCAACAAUUGAAAACAGUUGAUGGACAUCUUUGUGCGACUUACCGUGAAGCAUGUCACAUGUUGCAGUUGCUCGAAGACGAUUCGCAUUGGGAUAAUACGCUCAAGGAUGCCGUAAUAUCCUCAUCUCCGCAUCAAGUGCGUACAUUGUUUGCGAUUAUAAUUUCAACAUGUUUUUCCUCAAAUCCGAAAGAUUUGUGGAUCAAAUACAGAGAUGACAUGUCUGAGGAUAUUUUACAUAGUGCGCGUUGUCAAACAUUCAAUCCAGCACUACAAAUUACUGCAGAAAUUUAUAAUAAAACUUUGAUCAUGAUAGAGGAUAUGUGUUUAUUGAUGGCGAAUAAAAUAUUAUCAUGUUUGGGCCUAACAGCACCAAACCGUUGUGUAGAAGAUGCAUUUAACCAUGAGUUAAGAAGAGAGCAACAGUAUGAUAUUAAAACAUUGACUGAAAUAGUUCGCACAACUGUUCCAAAGUUGAAUGAUCAUCAAAGGAUUGUAUAUGAUGAUUUGAUACAAGCAGUGAACAGUGGAUCCGGAGGGAUUUUUUUUCUUGAUGCUCCUGGUGGUACUGGCAAAACAUUCCUGUUAUCAUUGCUAUUGGCAAAGAUCAGAUCGCAAAAUAACGUCGCUCUAGCAUUGGCAUCAUCAGGAAUAGCAGCAACAUUGUUAGAAGUUGGACGAACUGCACAUUCAGCAUUAAUAAUAUGCAAAUCAAUGAAACACCAGUUUGCAACAUCAGAAAAACUAGCGCCAUAG